CCGUAGCCGCACACACACUACUAGAACGCCGCCCGCUGGACCGGACCCGUGCGCCGCGGCUCGCCUCGUCGGAGACCGGCGCCGGAAGGGGAAACGGCAGCUAGCCCUCGUAUCGCACCGGUGCGGUGCCCCUCAAGUCCCCAUCCUCUCGGCCGGACUCCAAGCAUCCCCGUCUGAGCCGUCUCCACCGAAGCGUCCCGUCCCCGCGGCUUGGCACCAAGGUUCCCGGGAGGAUGGCUGCUCCAGCGGCAGGCGCGCUGGCUCCGCUCGCAGGUUGGUCUCCGCUCCCGCUGUGCAGCCCGGCUCCGUCAUGCUGCCGAAGGAGUCCUCCACUUCUCAAGGUCGCCAAGCGGCAGCCUGGCGGUCACCGAUUUGCUCCUGCCAGCGCUCGAAAAUGCGCGGCUGUGUCGGACCAUGGACGUCAGCGGGCCACGGAGUACCAGAUUGAUGAUGAUGAGCCGCUUUGGCUGGCAGUGUUCAGAGACCUCGCGGUGGGUUUGAAGGGAUUGGUAGCUUUCUUAGCUGAGCAGCCGAGGCAACUGAAGCACCUAGAGUGGCCAAGCCUUCGAAACACGCUGAAGACGGCUACACUUACUCUUGUACUGGUAGCUUUGUUUAUUGUUGCAUUGUCAACUAUUGAUGCUGCCCUUUGCUACGUGCUGGCCUUGCUACUUCGAAAAUCUUCCUAGAAUAACGGAAUAUCUGCCUAUUUCUUGUAUAUGAUUUAGCUGGGAAGGAUAAUACCGGGCACUGUAGGUAUAAUGCAAGCCCUUGCUGUCGAAGGGGUCAGUGAUGUUAUGCAGACUGGAGCUAGGGGGAAGGUGGAUCUUGUCCCAGGGUACCUUAUUUUUUUGAGAGGAUUGAGAAGAUCGAAACAGAUGCUCUGCAACCUGUGCUGAUAUGAUGCAGCUGCUCAUUAUAACAUUUAAAAGGGAGGUACCUGGUUUCAGAAGUUAAAAAAAUGGUAUCAUUCUCUGUGGAACAAGUAAAUAGGUCUAGUUAAAACUUGAGUUCUGAUUUAGCACAGAGAGAGCAAAUCCUGGAGAGAAUUGUGCGUGGUGAUUUGUAACUUCCUUUUUGUGUUAAGACAGGUGUCGGGUAUCACGAUUAGAGAUACCAUAAUCGGGGUACUAAGAUCACCCUAAAAACGCAAACA